AUGUCUUCCACCCCCGGACAGACUGUUUCCGAUGAUGGCAAGCAUGAUGUCGUUGAACAAUUUCAACAUGUGGAACAUGCCAAAGAGCAUAUUGAAGAAAAUCUAACGUACGAGGAGGAUCAAGAGCCAGAGCUGCAUGCGCAGACGUAUUUUGCUUUGGCUGCAAUGUUUCUGCUGAAUCUCGUGCAAGUUUUUGGACUUCUCAGUCCCCCGGCUGCGCUUUCAUAUAUUGAAAAGGACCUUAAUAACACUACCGCUGGUACUUGGGUUCCGAAUUCCCUGUCGCUCGUCCAAGCUGUCCUCGCGCCUCUCAUUGCGUCUCUAUCGGAUACAUUCCAGGCCCGAAAGGCAUUUCUUGUUGGAACAUCCAUUAUCUCGUUUAUUGGUUGUGCAAUUGCGCCCGGAUCAACCAGUAUAUAUCGUCUCAUAGCAGCUCAGGUGCUGAUCGGUUUUGGAUUUGCCACUGUUCCGCUGGCCUACUGCGUUCCGAGUGAUAUUUUGCCUAGAAAAUGGAGACCCAUGGUCCAAGCCUGUAUCAACAUUGCUGCAGCCGUCGGUGCUUGCUCGGGACCACUGAUAAUUGGUGCGCUGACGAGAUCAAAUCCUCACACUGGUUGGAGGAACUUUUAUUGGAUUCAGAUGGCUCUCUGGGGAAUGACAGCGAUUGGGCUUUUAAUUGGAUAUAGGCCCCCUAAACGACACACUCGAUUUGACCAUCUGUCAUUCUGGCAAAAACUUGGCUCUGUCGAUCUUCCAGGGUUCUUCUUGCUCACUGCGGGAUUGUCCAUCUUCCUGACGGGACUCAACCUGGGAGGAGGCCUUUAUACCUGGAAUACUCCUUUUGAUCGCCUUUGGGAUUACGAGUGGAGAUUUACCAGGGUUGGAAUUCUCCACCAUGAUCUCUUUCAUGGGGGAAGAACUGGGGAGAAUGCGGGCUAUACAUUUGCUAUCUGUAUUGGUCUCAUGUUUAUUGAAGGGAUCAUGCUUUUUGCAAUCGUUGUCUUCUAUCCAGCUCUGACGGUGGCUUUGUUCGAAACGGACCCAUUUUUGGAGGCUGCUCGGCAAAUUCCUUACUGGCUUGCUUCUGCCAUUGCCACGGUGAUCUACGGCUAUUAUAGUACGAAGUUCCGUACGAUCCGCUCUCCAAUGUUCGUCGGCUUCUUCAUCUUCACCUGCGGCCUCAUUGGGCUGUCUACAGUUCAACCGAGUGGUGAUUUCAACGCCGUAGCAUUUAUCGCCCUGGCUGGGGUGGGAUUUGGUGCCCCGUUAGUCUUGGUAAUUGCUGGGGUUCAGCUCUCAACACCACAUCAUUUAAUCGCAACCGCAACGGCAGCCACGACUUGCUCUCGGGCCGUCGCUGCAAGUGUCUUCACGGCUAUCUUUUCGGCCGCAUCUAACACACGCUUAAAGACAUAUAUUCCUCAGUAUGUUUCCAAAGCGGCUUUACAUGCGGGAUUGCCGAAGUCUUCCAUCGAAACCUUUGUCAAGGCUCUGUUAUCCGAAGAUCGUGCAGCUUUGGAAAGCAUCAAGGGGGUCAAUUCGGAAAUCCUCAACUCCGGGAUCCACGCCCUAAAACAGGCAUAUGCCGAUGGCUUCAGGGUGGUCUACAUCAUUGCAGUUCCCUUCGGUGUCGUGGCAUGCAUUGCAAGUCUAUUCUUGGGAGAUCUAAAGAAAGCCAUGAACUACGGUGUCGAUGCGCCAAUGGAAGUUUUGCAUACCAAGCGUCGUACGGAAGCUUGA